CAAGUUAUGAAUAGGAAUAUUGGUGUGUCUGUAAAGUGCAAAAUUAAGAAAAUUUUGUGUUAAAAGAUUAACCGCCAUUUCGAAAUUCUUCGACUCUCACCUCCACCUUUCGGAAGUCAUCAUUUUCCAUCAUCGGGGCAAUCAUCGCAUAACCUGUGAGAUUUUAUGGCGGCGAGAUGCGCUUUUUGCGCCGUGAGUUUUAAGUGAUUUACCUGCUUCAAAUUAAAGGUGAUUUAAUGGAGAACAUAACAAUCACACACUUUAUCAGUCCGCACAGCUUUUGGUUUAAGCUAGUCGACGAGCAGGACGACGAAAUUGAUGCAUUCCGAGCUAAACUGAAGAGAGCCAUGAAGGCGACCGAGAAUUGCGAUUCUUGGUCGCCGGUCAUUGGCGAGACGGUGGGGUACUAUCGACAGCACGCCGCGGUGUGGGACAGGGCGACUGUGCAGAACAUCGCCGCGGAUGGUGUCAUUACUCUUUGGCUGGAAGACAUGGGACUACCGGAGAAGGCAAAGAGGAAGCAAAUUAAGCCCAUGCCGAAAAACAUAGCGCCCCCGAUGCAGAUUGUUCGUCAGGGAGGUCUAGCGCUCACUCCAGUCAAGAAGAAAUACAACACAACGACUUUCAGUGUGAAUUUGGUGGACAGCGAGGAUUGGAGUCAAGAUGCCAUUGAACUGAUGAAGGAUGUCAUCAGUUGCGCUGAUAAGAUCUUGUUCGAGGUGAAGAUCACGCCUAAACCUGGACUUUGCUUUGGAAUUAUGCUCUUCCAUCUUCCGGAUGGGAAGAAAUUGACUGCUGAGGAGCUUCUGGCUGAUUUCAGUUGCAAAUCAGAUAGAUUCCUAGAAAUGAUUUAUCCACAUAAGAGUUCAACGUUGCAGCAGAAGUCCGAGGAGAUUGUCACGAGUGCUUCCACGUCCAGGGAUUUUGUCAGCAAUUGGGUGGAGAAGACAAUUGACGUGCAGAAUGAUGACUUCGAUGAGUCUGUGAGUACUUAUCAUCCUGCGGAGACUGCAAAGAUCUCAAAUGGCACGAGUCAUCCAGUCUUCAGGCAUCAGCACGAGACGGUUGUUGUUGUUGAGCCAUUGCGACGCCGUCUUGACACUCGACUGGCGACUACAGAGAUGCCUUACUCAAACAUUGAACUCGAUAGACCGAUCAGGGAGCAGUACGAGGCGAUGGCCAUGGCGGGUAAGAAGGCGUUCAAUGAGAAACAGCUAAGAAUGACUGAGAGCUCGAGGUCGAAGCUCACUCCGAUGCCUGGUGGGAUGUUGAAUGGAAAGGACUUGCCGAGGAUCAAUGGCAAGGCAAAGAAGCAAGACAAGAAGUUUAAACUUCCCAAGGAUGUGCCGGAGGAACAUGUGCAAGAGACUCAGCAGCAAACGCCAAAGAUUGAGGCCAAUUUGGAGGAUGAAUUUGAUUUCAAUUUGACGCCACGAUGCAAAAAGAUUAAUCCAUCUGUGAUUGAGAAGCCUCGCAUCUCUCACAGUGUCUAUAGUGACUGUGCGUCCAGGACUUCCAUGGAGGCGAGCACUAAGUAUGCUCUGAAGGCAUAUUUGGAGAAGCAGAGAUUGAGCUUGUCAUCGUCAGAGGACAAGGCAGUGAAGACUGCAAUGAAGCCUAACAGUCUCGAGACGGAUGUGAAGCAAUUGGGUGAGGCGGCGGUUGAUGCCACGGCGAAGAAGAGAUACCAGAGGGUUCUGGUGCACAGUCCGCUGGCCGUGAAGAUGGUGGAGAGGAUCACUGAGGCACCAUUUCGCCAGGAAGUGCAUGAUAAAUUGAGGCAGUCACGGAUUGCUGAUGUUCAUCGUGUUCAAUCGUUCGGAUGGCCUCACAUAUUCCGGGGUGGCUCGAUAAUCUUGAUUGGUCAGCGAAGGUCUGGAAAGACGCUGACCUAUCUGCCCAUGCUCUUCACACACUUGCUGAACAGGAAGGAGACAACACAGUCUGGCUACUCGCCCAUUGGGGCGUCGGCCAUCGUGAUUUGUGCCUCCAGCAAGAGUGUCACGAUCACGAGCACCACUUUCGUUGGCUAUCACGAUGUGAGGAAGAUGAAAUUGAAUGUGCUGGCAUCCACCAGUCCGUGCCACACGCAGCGGUACGUGAAGGAGCUGCAGAAUGGCUAUGAUGUGCUGUUUACCACGGCGCCGGCGCUCACGAGGCUGAUGCAGGAAGCGAAGCGCCAGACGGUGGAUCUGGUCACGCUGGACAAUGUGCAGUUCGUGGUGGUGGAUGACUAUGAUGCAAUUGUGGAGGAUUUCCGGCAGGAAUUGCACUCGCUGCUGAAUUUUCUCCUGUCACGCGUAGAUGAGUAUGGAAAGUGCCGCACUCAGGUGGUGCUCACGUCAUCCAAGUGGCUGCCGGAGUUCCGUGAGCAGUGGCAGCAAUUUGACAAUCCGAUGCUGUGCAUCACAUCGGGUGUGGAAUCGGCACUGUAUGCCAAUGCAAAAUUCAGUCUAGAGAUUAUGGACAGAGAGAUGAAGGCGAAUACAAUUCGGGAGAUUCUCACCACGGAGGCGUACUUCAAUGAGCCGACAAUGAUUGUGUGCAACACAGAAGAGGAAGUGGACUUCCUCACUGAUGUGCUGCUCAAAUUGUCCAUUUCGAUUAUGGCAUUCAAGGUGCCGAGUUUGGAGAAGUUUCAGAUGAAGGACAAAGCAGUGAUUCUCUGCACAGAUGCGUGCAUUUUGGAUGUGAAUGUGCGUGAUAUUCAGCAUCUAAUACAUUUCUCACUGCCAGAAAAAUGGAGUAUGUUCGAUAAGCGCUUUGUGGUGUGCUUUGACUACUAUGAGAAUCAAUUGGUGUGCAGUGAGACAACUAAGUCACCGGUGAUGAUACAUAUUUUCCUGGAUCAAGACAACGAUGUUCAGCUGCCGAAGCUUAUUCACUUCAUGCGAACACGCUUCAAGGAUGGUAAGAUUGCGCCAGAGAUAUUGCAGUGUGCCGAAGCGAAUUUGCAGCGUCGCGAAUGGGACAAGAUUUCACGAGAAGUGCGACUUUGUCCGGCUAUGAUGGAAUUUGGUGAGUGCAGAAUAAAUCAGCUUGACUGUGCAUCGCGUCACGUCUUCUGUGAUGCCGAUAAGCCAUCAAUUCUGCUGCCAAAGAUGAACUGUGUGCGCAUGAAGAUCCUCUCCGUGAUCUCACCGUUGCACUUCCAAUGUCACCUGUUGCAUGCCAUGAAGGAGAAAUCGGAUCACUUCAAGAAGUGGCGUGUGGUGAACAGCAGCGAUGGCUUUCUAACCUUCCAGCACGAUCUCAAUUGCCACAUGGUGGAGCAGGAGAACAAGAUUACGCCCGCGUCGGCCGAUGUGCGGGUGCAGGAUGUGUUUGUGAUUCAGUGCAAUGACAAUUACUGUCGCGUGCGUGUGGAGUUCGUGAAGAGGGAGCGCGGCAUGGCACUGGUCACCAUCUCGGGUGUGGAUUUGCCGGUGACGAAGAGACAAGUGCAGGCGCAGGAUUUGCUACUGCUGCCCGAUGAGUUUCGUGCCUUUCCGCAGCAACUCAUUGACGUGCGACUGUUCGGAUUAGUGCCCAACGACUACGAAAUGCAGUGGGACAGCAAUAGCACCAAAGAGGUCAAGAGUUGGGUGGAACCUUCGCAGACUUCUGAGUAUCUGUCCUUCAUUGGCCAAAUUGAUCUCACACUGAAGAAUACCAUUUACGUGAAAUCUCUCUUUUGUGUUGAAUUCGUCGACAGUCAUCAGUCAAAUUUUGUGCAGCGUGACUUAAGAAAGGUUCUGCUGAGGAAUCAAAUCGCAGUGGAGAUUGAGGAGGAGAAGAUGCAGUUCAUCAAGGAUUUGGCUAUUCACUAUGGGAUUUACAGUGAGGAGGAGUUCAUGCCGGUGGAUGAUGAUGCUGAUGAGGCACCGAGAAGGAUUGAGCGUGAGAUGGAGGAGGAGAAUUGGAUGAGAUUGGAGCAUGAAGAGAUCACUAGUAUUUAUGUGUUGAGCUUUGAGUCGCUGUUUGAGUUCUACGUGCAGGAUUUGAGAAAGGCGAAGGACUUGCGACGAUUGAAGGAAAAUAUUGCUGACUUUGUGGGAAUGAGAGAGAAUCUGAAGCCUCUGGAGACGCCAAAUGUUGGUGAUUACUGUCUGAUUGAGUUCGAAGGGGAGUUUUGCAGAGGAAAGGUGUGGCAGGAGGCAUCUGAUGGUGAUGAUGAGUACUGUGUCUUCUUCGUGGAUGAGGGCAUUAGUGAGUACUAUCAAUCAUCGCAGAUGUUCGAAGCUUCGCCUGAGAUUGUCUCAGACUUUCCAUUCUUCGCAAUUCGCUGCUCGAUGGCUGGAGUGAAGGCGAAAAACCAGAUGGAGGCGACGCAGGAGGAGUUGGAUGAGAUCUUUGAGAAGUUUAUCAAGGAGCAAAAUGAUUGUCUCAUUCUGCACGCUUGUGCUGUGGACGAGUGCACUUUGAGGUACAAAGACAUCUGGAAAUUGACCAAAUACUCCAUUAUCCUGCUGGCUGAGGAUCCGAAGGAGCAUGUAGUGAUCAACGAGAGACUUGUGGAGGCGAAUUACUGUGACAGAGAUGAGAAGAAGUGGACAUUGGUGGUGGAUUUCCUUAAGGAUAGAGAAUUGUCACAGCAACUGUCGGUGCGCGAACGUGAUGAGGCUGAGGAAGAGGUGCCGAAUUGGGAUGAUAAGAUUCCCGCCAAUGUCGUGAAGACGUCGAAGAAGGUGGAGAAGGUGACUGAAGAGAUUCUGGACUCUGAUGACACGACUUCAUCUGUCACACCACCUCCGGAACCGUUCUUUCCAGCGCCAUCCGUUCAAUGGCAUCAGACUGAUCAGGAGAUUAUCCUGACUGUUAGUGCUGUGGAUAUGAAGAGUCAUCAUCUCUCAGUGCAUCCCAUGUUCCUCACUCUCUGCAUUGUCUUCGAGGACAGACCGCAGCAAGGCUGUGUGAUCAACUUUUUCGGCUGUGUGGAUGAGGAGAAGACAGUGGUGAAGAAGCGAGCGAACUCAUUGACCAUCAAGCUGUGCAAAUCCCUGCCCGGGAAGCAAUUCCACUGGCCAUACUUCAUGGAUCCACCUGAGAAGGUUCCGUGGCUCAAGCCGGCCAUUCUCGUGGAUUCCAGCGAUUCAGAGAACGAAGGAGAGAUUGUGAAGCGCCGCCACAUUGAUAUGGAGACGGAUUCUGAUCAUGUGGACAGUGAGGAAGAGCAAGCGGAUUCUGACAAUGAACUCUUCUUUGAUGGCUUCGAAAAUCGUCAAGUGAUCUAUGAUUAGUCUGAUUCUGUGCCAUUUUGUUGAACUACUUUUUGAUAUCUCGAAUAUAUUGAAGUUAAACUCGUUG